GUCCCGCAUCCCGACGCCCGCAUCGGGGGCCCGCGCUGCGCACGCUCGGCCAUGGCUGCGGUAGCGUUGCCGCUGCUGUUGCUGCUGUUGUUGGCGUCGCCGGCCACUCCGGUGCCAGCGCGCGACCCCUUCGCCCUGCAGCUUGGGGACACUCAGAGUUGCCAGCAGCGGUGUCGACAGCUCCACCCUGGCCCGCCUCCGGGGCAGCCAGAGCCAGAGGGUCCUUCGGUGUCCCCGAAUAGUGAGGCAGUGCUGACCGGUGCUUGUGAGCGGGGCUGUCGGCUUUUUUCCAUCUGUCACUUCGUGGCCAAGAGCUCUAGGCCCAACGCCACAGAGACAGAAUGUGAAGCAGCCUGCACUGAGGCCUACGUGAAGGCGGCGGAGCAACGAGCCUGCAGCGAGGGGUGUUGGGGCCAGACCCCUGAACCUGAGACCCAGCUGCAGCAGCAGAAAAUGGCUUCGGAACCACCCAUCGGGACACUCUCACUCCUGGACUUCUUUUCCACGCUCUGCAGUGACCUCAUGAGUUCCGCCCAGGGCUUCGUGUCCUCUACUUGGACAUACUCCCUUCAGACGGACAACCGGAAGGUGGUGGUGUUCCAGACCCAGCCCGUGUUAGAAAGCGUUGCAUUCCAAGGGAGCCGCCUGCAGCGAGUGGAGGUGGCCUGGAGAGGCGCGCAUCCCAAGACCCUGGAGGUGCACGUGGACCCCCUAGACUCCUUGGACAAAGUGAGGAGGCCUAAGACCCGAGUGAAGACUAGCAAGGCCAAGGCGGACUCUGAGGACCAACAAGAGAGUGACUUUCUCAGCUGCAUGUCUCGGCGCUCCGGGCUGCCUCGAUGGGCCCUGUUCUGCUGCCUCUUCCUCUCCAUCCUGGUGAUGUUGUGGCUCAGUUGCUGUACCCUGGUCACCACACCGGGCCAGCACCUCAAGUUCCAGCCUCUAACUGUGGAACAGCACAAAGGCCUCCUGGUGGGGUCCGACUGGCCCUUGUACCCUCCCGCGUCGCCUGCCUAUGAAGACAGCCCCCCGCCUUACAAGUUGAAGCUAGAUUUGACCACGCUGUAAUCUCUGGCCUAUUGCCAAGUACAGGGGCCCCCCGCCACAUGCUUUUACUCUGCACCCCGAGGUCCAAGGUCAGGGUGGGGAAACCAGCCUUGGGCUCAUCUACCCCCCUAAUCCUCCCUCCCUCUUGGCCAUCACAUCUCUCAGUCCUCUUGAGACAAUGGAACCUAAGUGGCGGGCUGGAAAGG